CUGCACCCGGUAUUAUCCAUCUGUGGGUGGGUCGUGUUUUGUCAUAAGGUGGGCAUCCUUGGCUAUCCCAGAAUUCCGUUUUUCCCGGUGUAGAGUGUAGCAAGCUAUUUUGGCUACUGCAGGCAGUGGCAGGAUGACAUAGGGGAGACUUUACCGGUCUGCAGCUAAAGCUUGGAGGAACUGCACCUCAGACCAGAGAUUUUGGAGGACACAGGAUACCCGGGUGAAUCGCCAUGACGACAGAACCAAAUUCAGAGUCUAGCGCGGACCAGCAGGAGGCCAGUGCGGCUCCACAACUGGAGGCGGACUCUUUUCCCCCGGCUGCCGCCCACAGCACGCCUGUCAGAAAAGAGCAGAACGGCGACGAGAGAGCGGAGGGAGACGUGGUCCCACAGGGGAAUCAGCUGGAGCCAUCGCAGGCGGAGGAGGACAGGACCUCGUACAGGUCAUCCACCAGUAAGCUGUCCAGGUCUCCCGGUGGAGGACGGAGUGUCCGCAGCUCCAGGAACAUGCAGUGCAAGGUCACCCUGCUCGAUGGCUCCGUCUACACCUGCGUGGUGGAGAAACGGGAGAGAGGCCAUGUGUUAUUUGACAAAGUGUGUGAGCAGCUUAACCUCCUGGAAAAGGACUACUUUGGCAUCACAUUCCGGGACAUCGAAAACCAAAAGAACUGGUUAGACCAAUCCAAGGAGAUGAAGAAACAGAUCAGAGGAGCCGCCUGGAAUUUUUCAUUCAAUGUGAAGUUCUACCCUCCAGACCCUGCCCAGCUGUCUGAGGAUAUUACAAGAUAUUACCUGUGCCUCCAGUUGAGGGAUGACGUGGUGUCUGGGCGUCUGCCAUGCUCUUUCGCCACCCACACGGUGCUGGGAUCCUACACGGUUCAAUCAGAGUUGGGGGACUACGAUCUCGAGGAGUCUGGGACGGACUACGUCAGCGAGUUCCGCUUCGCCCCCAACCAGACCAAGGAGCUGGAGGAGAAGGUCAUGGACCUGCACAAAAACUACAAAGGAAUGACGCCAGCUGACGCUGAGAUGCACUUCCUGGAAAACGUGAAGAAGCUUUCCAUGUACGGAGUUGACCUGCACCAUGCCAAGUUGGUAGGAAGCCUGUUUGAGUGCUUGUCUCCAGCUAAGGGCGAGGAUUCUGAGGGUGUUGAGAUCAUGUUGGGCGUGUGCUCUAGCGGUCUUCUGAUCUACCGUGACCGCCUGCGCAUCAACAGGUUCGCCUGGCCCAAGGUCCUCAAGAUCUCCUAUAAAAGGAAUAAUUUCUACAUCAAAAUACGCCCCGGAGAGUUUGAGCAGUUUGAAAGCACCAUCGGGUUCAAGCUCCCCAACCAUAGGGCGGCCAAGAGACUAUGGAAAGUCUGCGUGGAGCACCACACCUUUUUCAGGUUGGUGUCUCCAGAAACUCCCCCCAAGAAGUUCCUAAACCUGGGCUCUAAGUUCCGAUACAGCGGGAGAACCCAGGCCCAGACGCGACGAGCCAGCUCCCAGAUCGUCCGUCCGGCACCCCGCUUCGAGCGCUCCACCAGCAAGCGCUACAUCAUGUCGCGCAGCCUGGACGGAGCUUCGCAGAGUACACCCAAAAGGAUUUCACCCAAAAGGAGUUCACCCAAAAGGAGUUCACCCAAAAGGAGUUCACCCAAUAGGAGUUCACCCAAUAGGAGUUCACCCAAUAGAAGUUCACCCAAUAGAAGUUCACCCAAUAGGAGUUCACCCAAUAGGAGUUCACCCAAUAGGAGAUCACCCAAUAGGAGUUCACCCAAAAGGAGUUCACCCAAAAGGAAUACCCCCCAGUCUGUAUCCCCGAGAAUUGAACCACCUGCUAGUUUUAACGGCGCUAAACCAACAGAGAUGGGCUCGGACCUAUACGGAAGGGCGAAGGGCAUCGCCAUGAGCGACCUCAUCACCACCGUGACACCGGAGAAAAAGGUGGAGGAGAGGAAGGCGGAGGAAGAGGUGGAAGUGGAGGUGGAAGUAGAGGUGGAAGUAGAGGUGGAGGAGGUGGAGGAGGUGGAGGAGGAGGAUGAGACCACGAAAGCCACCGAGAUCUCUCUACCAAGUCCAACCUCUCCCAUUCGACACGACACCAAGACUGAACUGACUGACACUGGUGUCGAUGGUGAACUGACAGCCACGGAGUCGGACCAGGAGGAUGAGUCCGAGUUAAAGACACAGGACACAGUGGGCACGCCGGAGGAGCUGUUGAAACACACGACCAACAUCAGUGAGCUCAAGAGGUCGUUCCUGGAGACGGGCGCCGACUCGGCUGGCCUUACCGAAUGGGAGAAGAGGCUGUCAUCGUCCCCCCUGCGCUCGCCGCGCCUUGACGAGGCCCCCAUGAUCGAACCCCUGGAACUCGACGAGGUACCGAGCCAAGAGGAUGAGGGAGAGGAUGAGAGAGAGAGAGCCAUGGCUGCAGGCGGUAGCGUUGAGGAGGACAUCAAGAACAGCCCUGUGGAUACUAAGACUACUGUGGAUUCUGACGGGUGGGUAAUAGUAAGCAAAGUCCCUCCUAAGGUAGCCGAAAAGAGAAACAUUGUCAACUAUAAAGUUAUGGCCGUCGAUAACAUUGUGGCUGAAGGAGCGCUCGGCGACGCCAGUGGUGUCGCUGUCAUCAAGGAGUUUGGCAAACCAUACGAGAGCUUCAGCAGUGAACUAGCGUCCAAGACCGAGGAGAUGGAGGAGAAGACCUACACCCUGGGCAAGUCUUACGACACCAUGUCAGGCAAGAUCAUCACCAUGACGACGCAGGCCAAAGAUGGUGGGGAGGCGGCGGUAGCCGCUCCGGCGGUGUUCGCCAGGGAGCUGAAGAGGGCGGCGGACCAAUCCACCACCACUGUGAAGAUCAUCCCGGUAUCGACUGAGUACGAGAUGCCGGUGUCGGUCCACUUGAGUCUCCCGCCCAUAGAGGGAAUCGGACCCCCAAUGAUCACCAUCCAGGAGGCCAGGACCCCUUCUCCAUCCGAGGGAAUGGGACCCUCCAUGAUCACCAUCCAGGAGGCCAGGACCCCCUCUCCAUCCGAGCCCAGCGACGGUGGCCUGGGCGCCAUGCGGAACGUAGUGUCCAUCCGCUCCAGCCAGAACAUCAGUGAUGCCGCGAGAGCGGACAGCAGGAAGCAGCUACGGGAGACUUUUCUCCUGGGAGACAGGAGCACCACCCCUGUUGCGCCUCACACACCCCUCUCGCCACGGUCCCCAAUGGCCAAGUCCCCAAUGGCCAAGUCCCCCAUGAAGAUGCCCAAGCCUCAAAUGGUCGAUCUGCGUCUGAGCCCCAGCCCUGUGUCCUAUCUAUCCAGAACCCCAUCGCCCUCCAAAGUGCCAAAGCCGACCUUUGAGGAGAUGUCCCCGGAGCUCACCGCUCUCUUACAGUCGGCCAGAGAUCAGACCAGCACGCGGGUCUGGACUGCUUCGCCUGCCUUUAGUCAGACCGUGUUUAAGACAACAGAGAAGGUGGAGCGGAUCGUGCUGCAGACAGAGGUGGUAUCAUCCCAACAAGAAAAAGACCAGGACCAGCCUGAGCUGAAGUCGGCACAGCCAGAACAGCCUGACAACUUGCAGAACCAGGCAGAGCAUCAGACUGAGCAGUUGUCUGUGCUGGAGGCUCCAGAGGUCCUAACCUUCAACAGGGCAGACGUGGUGGAUGUGACCCAUGGGGUCCCUGUAAUACACACGGAAAUGAAAACUGUCACAUACCAGUCACUAGAGGCUGAAGCUGAUCCUGAGGCGGGGGUGUUGAUGAGCGCCCAGACCAUCACCUCAGACACCACCAGCACCACCACAACCACACAUAUCACCAAGACUGUGAAAGGAGGCAUCUCUGAAACCAGGAUCGAGAAGAGAAUCGUAAUCUCGGGUGAUGCAGACAUGGACCAUGACGAGGCCUUGGCUCAGGCCAUAAAGGAGGCCAAAGAGCAGCACCCUGACAUGUCAGUGACCAAAGUAGUGGUCCACAAAGAGACUGAGAUCACGCCCGAGGAGGGCGAAGAGUGACCGCAGGAGUGACGGGUCACCGGGUUCACUAACGUUUCGGGAGCAUUCUGUUAACGUUACUUCACGCUGUUUAGAGUAAGGGACGCAAGCAGGAUAGUGGCGUUGCCGACGGACAGCACCCCACUGUAGCAGACACUAAUACUGCAUCCGACCACUACUGAACUAACCUCAUCCACCUACACUCCCUCACUCACUCACCAUCACUACUGGCAAACACAAACCUCCAAAGCUACCUUCAUAGGAACAUGUAUAUUGCAUGAAAAGGGAACAAUUCUGCAUUUUUGUAAAAGAAAAAAAAAAAAGAUAUAUCAAAAGUUCUACAUGUUUUGCUUGACCUGUAAACUCAGACUCAAAGGUUUAAGAAUGUAUGUGAUGAGAGUUAAGAUAGUAUCGAUCAUUAUGUUGUAUUUAUUAUCAAACUGCUCACUUGGAAACAUGUAUAAUAGUAGGCUAAGAUGGCACAAUAUUUAUCCACGCAAUAGAUGUGGCAUUCAUCUUGUCAUAAGUCCCCUUAUUUAUCCCAAAUGCUGAUUUUAUCCAUUUUUACAUAGAGUAUUCCCUUUAAAAAGACAACAAUAAUAUCUAUGGUACUGGUACGUGCAUUUGCUUAGUAGGUCAUUCAUCCUCAAAGAUGAUUUUGUUGUUUUUACUUUAAUUGUAAAUAUGCUUAUUUGGUUUUCAUUAAUUACAAGGUGAGGAUGAGGAUGAUGAGGCAAAAUUUUGUAUAAGUGUUAGUUAGCAGGAAAAGUUAAACAGACUCCAUUACUGUGACCUCUGAGGUGAUUAAGAAACCCCUUAUAAUACAGUAUGUGUCUUUACACUGUUGAUUGUACUUUCUUGUUGGCUUGUAUCUGAAAUUAUACCCUAUUCCAUAUGGGCUCUGGUCAUAAGUAGUGUACUAUAUAGGGAAUAUGAUGCAAUUUUAGAUACAUAAUUGUUCAAACACAUUCUUAAAGGAAAAUUCCACCCAAAAACAAUAUUUUGGUAUUUGUUUCAUUAGUCCAUUGUUAACACAGUCCCAACAUGUUUUGCUUGUCAACAAUCAAGUUUUCAAGAUAUGUAACUUUGAAAAUACAGAAAUCAUCCCUGUAUGAUACAUUUGCAUCCUAUGAUGCUGCGUUUUGCGUCAUAUGAUGCAUCAUACAGGGAUGAUUUCUGUAUUUUUAAAGUUACAUAUCUUGAAAACUUGAUUGUUGACAAGCAAAACAUGUUGGGACUGUGUCAACAUUUUCCUUUAAGUCCUACCCAGAAUCCUCCUCAUCCCUGUGUGGCACAUCCAAGCCUUAAAACUGUGCAGAAUGGACAGACAACAACCUCAAGUACAAGCCUGCAGUGUGUGUUUGUGUGCUUGGUUUCUCCCACACAGAGGCAUCAUGCCCAUCGAACCUGAGUUGGCACCAUCGGGUGGCACAUGCCCCCCUUAAUAUCAUCCACUGGGAUGAGAAUACAUAAUUAGCAGUGUCUUAUAGAAUGAAUAUUAAGACAUUAUGGAGUCAUCAGUGACCCCUCAGAGAUAUUGGGAUCAUGAUGCCUCUGAUCCCACCCUUUCAAAUCAUCAGCUGUAAAAACCAUCCUUGUUGAAUGUGUUUCCCACAAGAUAAAUAAAUGGAUAAAUACA